AAGCUGUUCAUUUGGGCUUGCAGGCUCAGAAGCGUUGCACAGCUUUUCGCUCAGUGCUCCGCGGCGUCCUGUUGAAAGGGGUCAAGCGCAGGGGAGGGUGCAGAGAGGCUGAGGCUGGCGUCACCUUCUGUUGCUAAGGCGUCCAAGUGAACAUUUUCUCUCCAAACUCUGUGUUUGGAACAUCAAGGAUGGAUUACCCCAAAAUGGAUUAUUUUCUGGAUGUCGAGUCUGCUCACAGACUCUUGGAUGUUGAGUCGGCUCAAAGAUUCUUCUACAGUCAAGGAGCUCAAGCUCGCCGGGCGACCCUGCUCCUGCCUCCCACAUUAAUGGCGGCAUCUUCGGAGGACGAUAUAGACCGGCGGCCCAUCAGAAGAGUCCGCUCCAAGAGCGACACGCCGUACCUCGCGGAGGCCAGGAUCUCCUUCAACCUCGGGGCAGCUGAGGAAGUGGAGAGGCUGGCUGCCAUGCGCUCUGACUCCCUGGUCCCAGGGACCCACACCCCCCCCAUCCGGAGGAGAAGUAAGUUUGCCAACCUGGGGAGGAUUUUCAAGCCUUGGAAAUGGAGGAAGAAGAAAAGCGAGAAGUUCAAACACACAUCAGCAGCCCUGGAAAGGAAAAUAUCCAUGAGGCAAAGCAGAGAAGAGCUGAUCAAGCGAGGGGUCCUGAAGGAAAUCUACGAUAAAGAUGGGGAGCUUUCCAUAUCGAAUGAAGACGACUCCUUGGAAAACGGGCAGUCCCUGAGCUCCAGCCAGCUGUCUCUGCCUGCCCUGUCCGAAAUGGAGCCAGUCCCAAUGCCCAGGGAUCCCUGCUCAUACGAGGUGCUCCAAGCUUCAGACAUCAUGGACGGGCCAGAUCCUGGCGCCCCUGUGAAAUUGCCUUGUCUGCCAGUGAAACUGUCGCCUCCGCUACCUCCAAAGAAAGUCAUGAUCUGUAUGCCCGUGGGGGGGCCAGACCUCUCGCUGGUGUCCUACGCAGCCCAGAAGAGCGGCCAGCAGAGCGUGGCCCAGCACCACCACACCGUGCUGCCCUCGCAGAUCCAGCACCAGCUGCAGUACGGCGGCCACGGCCAGCACCUCCCCUCCGGCACCGGCUCCCUCCCCAUGCACCCCUCGGGCUGCAGGAUGAUAGACGAGCUGAACAAGACGCUGGCCAUGACCAUGCAGAGGCUGGAAAGCUCUGAGCAGCGGGUCCCCUGUUCCACUUCUUACCACAGCUCUGGUUUGCACUCGGGUGACGGUGUCACAAAAGCAGGACCUAUGGGCCUUCCCGAAAUAAGACAAGUGCCAACUGUUGUGAUUGAAUGUGAUGACAAUAAAGAAAAUGUGCCUCAUGAAUCAGACUAUGAAGACUCUUCUUGCCUGUACACAAGAGAAGAGGAGGAAGAGGAAGAGGACGAAGAUGAUGACAGCUCAUUGUAUACCAGCUCCCUGGCCAUGAAGGUCUGCAGGAAGGACUCCUUAGCCAUCAAACUCAGCAACAGGCCCUCCAAGCGAGAGCUAGAAGAAAAGAACAUCCUUCCCAGGCAGACGGAUGAAGAGCGGCUGGAGCUGAGGCAACAGAUCGGCACCAAGCUCACCAGGCGGCUGAGCCAGAGGCCAACUGCGGAGGAACUGGAACAGAGGAACAUUUUGAAACCUCGGAAUGAACAAGAGGAGCAAGAGGAGAAAAGAGAGAUCAAGAGGAGGCUAACCCGAAAGCUCAGCCAGAGGCCCACGGUGGAAGAACUUCGGGAAAGGAAGAUCCUCAUCCGCUUCAGUGACUACGUGGAGGUGGCCGACGCUCAGGACUAUGACCGCAGGGCCGACAAGCCGUGGACCCGCCUCACCGCUGCCGACAAAGCUGCCAUCCGAAAGGAGCUCAAUGAAUUUAAAAGCACUGAAAUGGAAGUUCAUGAAUUGAGUAGACACUUAACAAGGUUUCACCGACCUUAACAGUCGAAUUCCUCUUGAGUGCUAUGCUGUCUUCAAAACAUAAAUUUAUAAGAACCAUAAGUGCUGGUAUUUAUUCACUUCCCCAUUACGAUGUAAACCUUCUGAACUGCCUUUUUUUUAAAAGAAGAAGAAGAAAAAUAUAAGGAAACACAAUCAGGAUUCUAUGUGCGAAAAUGCGAAGGUGACCACUCGGCGAUCAGAGCUGCUGGCCCCACUUCUGACACCGAAAUGUGUCCCACCCCGGCAGGGCCGCGGGCACCUGCAGCAGGGCCCUGACUGAAGACUUUCCGGCAGGCGGAGUGGUCCUGGUCCUCUCCAGCCAGGCCCAGCA